AUGAUCGCCGUGCGGCAGCCGUGGGAAAAAUCUCUCCAGCGUCGCGUCGCGUUCCAGCUCCAGCCGGUUCCAGAGGCAGCGGUAGAGGUGCACCGCGUGGCUUAUCACAUACGCAGCAUAGUCCGUCACCUCCUGUCGUCCGAAGCCUUUGGCCACAACAAAGAGACACUGAAAGCAAAGAUCCUCCAGUCGCAGCAGGUCGCCGUGUGCGCACACACUCAGCCGCGUGUCGCACACCAGUAUUGCAAAGCACCUCAGCAUGGCCCGGAGACACUCCAGAUCCGCAUUGCUACUCACGUUGUUGUUGUUGAUUGUGACAGCGGCUGCAGUCGCAGUCCCAUGGCCUGCCAGCCGCUUCGAAACGCGCCGGACAACAGCAGCGAGGAUGGUGAUUAG